AUGCCAAAGGCGCAAGCAAAAGUUGCGUAUACAAAGGCGCUUGAGGAUCGAGUAGCAUCCCUUGAGAUACAACUGGCUCAGAGUGCAAGCAACAAUAGCCCUUCCAGGCAACUUGAUGAAGGCGCACAUUCACAGCAACAUGAACGACUACAUCAACCUACACCAAGCGUUGGAGUUGGCGUGAUGAAUACUCCAAGCCCAGCAACCACAGCAGAUAUUCGAUGCCCAGAUGCCCUAAGCGAGGUAGUCGACAUGAUUUCCAUGGGUAAUUUCGAGGCCCCUGCCUAUGUAGGACCAUCUGCUGGCCUGUCCCUGGCCCUAAAUCUAGGAGAAAUGGUGCAAGCAACAGUUUGGAAGGAAGCGAUCCCGAGCAUGACCCACGAUCCCAAUCCAAGUCCUAUUGGUGACAGCAACGAACUCAAGCGAGGCCCAGAAGACCACGUUUCGACCCCAGGCGCAGGUCACAAGAGCCACCUAUAUGGACCGAAUGUUACCGCGCGUGCGAUGACAAUGGAGGAAAUAAUGAAAUACGGUGCCAAGGAGCCUCCCGAUGAGAGUCUGGGAAGCCGGAUCCUGAACGCGUAUCUACUACGGUUGCAUCCUCGAUAUCCAUUCCUUGAUCCAGCGGAAGUAUGGGAACUGCACAGAGAGAGAACAGACUUGACAUCUUCAGCUAAUGCAGCCCAAAUUCUGUCUCGUCGGUUCAAAAUAUUCAAGUUGUACAUGGUUUAUGCCAUUGGAUCGACGUUGCUUCAGCUUACGGAUAAUGUGACGGUGUCACCUGAGCAUAUAGCAGUCGCAAAAGAGGGCAGAACUGUCCACAAUGUUGAGGCAAUGACACUACUUGUGAUCUACCAUCUCCGAUCUGCAUCUGGCCACGGCUUAUGGUACAUGAUCGGACUAGCAAUGCGAACAUGCAUCGACCUCGGCAUGCACCGUAAGGGAUAUGAGCAAGGUCUACUGCCUAGUAUCGUUCACAAGCGCCGACGUCUUUUCUGGACCGUUUAUUCACUCGAACGAACCAUUGCAAUAUCGCUCGGGCGCCCUUUGAGUAUAGCAGAGCGAGACAUUGAUGUCGAGCUCCCUGAAGCGAUGCCGGAAGAUUCGCCAUCGUCUACCUGCACCACUGCAUCCCCUCCAACGGCCUCGCUCCCGGAUUCCUCAAUGUUUGAUUAUCUCAUGCUGCACUAUUUCCGCGCCGUUCGCAUGCUUGUCCAGCCAUUCCUGACGCUUCUUCAAGUAUCCGACCCAUACUACGCACUGUGCCUACGAGCAGCCGGCGACAUUUGCCAGACACAUAAGCGCUUGCACCAGACCCUCGACUACGGGCACAGCUUCAUUGCUGUGCAGACUGUCUUCGUAGCGGGGGUGACCCUGCUGUAUGGGCUGUGGACUCAAGCCAACGCCAUGUGGUCUGUAUCGUUCGCAGAUGACGUUCGAGCAUGCUCGCUGGUGCUCUUCGUCAUGGGUGAGAGGGCAUCGUGGGUUCGAAAAUACCGUGACGCCUUUGAGAUACUCGUUGGUGCAGCGAUGGAGAAACUGCGGAUGGGCGAGGCUGGCGUCAUGGGAGCAUCUCACAAUCAGUCUCAUGGGGAGCAGCGGCAAGCCCAAGACUUGCCCCGUGAAGCCGGUGUAAACAGCGGGGAAGAUCGAAGUGCAGGAACCCACAGCAUCGGGGAUAUGCUUGGCUCAAAUUCAGCGUGGUCCGGUGGUAAUGCAGCCAUGAACGGCGAGGAUGGUGAUGCCUGGCGAGUUGUUAUGGAGUUGGCUCAUUGGAUUGAUCGGGAUGAUGAAGAGCCUCUGUGGAUGCCGAAUUUUGAGCAUUUACAGAACCUCUCCGGUUGAAAUGUGGGAACUGGUGGUUCGGUAGGGGGGUAACUCAAGGCCGCUGACCGGAACCCAUAUCGAGGGAACAUAAUGUUGCAAUCACGCUACAGAGGAGCCGGCCUUGGCAGAAGGGUUGAAGACAGGGUGUUGCAGCACAUUAUGCACACUAUGAGCUCUCUAGUGGAGCGUUCCUUUCUUCUUGUUGGUCCAACGAAGGGAAAUACGGCACAGCAUGGAGCAGUGCGUUGGCGACAGCCGGUGAGAAGGAUCGUGUUCGGCGAUCAUUUCGGGGACCAUUUUAUAUUAGCCAAUGAUAUUACCGCAACCCCGUAUCAGCACAAGGCAAAUUUAGGCAU